GGAGCAGUUACUUUUAGGGCUGUUGAGUAACUCCGCGUCCUUAAGAACUCCUCUGUAAGGUGCGCACGACCAGAGCUUUCAGGAUUCAAACGUAAUCUUAGCAUAAUGAAAUCUAUUUUGAACCUGUUACUCACUGCACUUGUUCUACAUUUGAGUUCAUCGACAGCACAUAAUGGACCACUAAUCCACACCAAACUGGGAGACCUUAAGGGGAACUACAUCCGUGUCCGAGGAAAGACAACCUUGGUUCAUGCCUACCUGAGUGUGCCUUUUGCCCAGCCACCAGUGGGAAACCUACGGCUGGCUCCACCGCAACCUGUGCAAGGAUGGGAGGGAAUCAGGGAUGCCACCCAAAUGCCUCCAAUGUGUUUGCAAGACAGACAGCUAUCCGAAGACCUUUUGGGGAUGGUCGGCAUGAUCGUGGACAUCCCUGAGGUGUCUGAGGACUGCCUAUAUCUCAAUGUUUACACUCCUGCUCAGCCUGCGCAAGAUGCAAUGUUACCUGUCAUGCUAUGGAUACAUGGAGGAGGGUUUUCUUUGGGAAGUGCUUCCAUGACUGAUGGAUCUGUCCUGGCAGCCUAUCAGAAUGUGGUUGUGGUGGUAAUCCAGUACAGGUUGGGAAUUCUGGGAUUUUUCAGCACUGGGGAUGAGAACGCCCCGGGAAACACGGGCCUUUUGGACCAGGUGGCCGCGCUGCAGUGGGUCCAGGAGAACAUCCACAGCUUUGGAGGAGACCCGUCCUCCGUCACCAUAUUCGGAGAGUCCGCCGGGGGCGUUAGCGUGUCACUGCUAGUUCUUUCCCCGCUGAGUACUGGUCUUUUCCACCGUGCUAUAGCAGAGAGUGGCACAGCAACUAUGUUUUCCAUCGUCAACACUAAUCCUAUCGCCACGGCAAUGAUUGUGGCCAAUGCGACAAACUGUGAAGGCACCAAGCCAUACCAUAUUGUGGAUUGUGUGAUGCAGUUGUCAGCUGAGGACAUUGUGAAAUUUACACAGGAGAAUAAACAGUUGAUCUUUGGAGUGGUGAAGGAUGGACAUUUCCUACCAAAGCAAGUGGCAGACCUUCUUGAGUCUCAUGAGUUCAACAAGGUGCCAUUAAUUAAUGGUAUUAACAACCAUGAAUGUGGCUGGUUACUACCUGCAUUCAUGUUACCACCUGACUGGGUGGACGGGAUGGAUCGUGACACAAUCAAAAACUUUUUUGACCUCUUUUACCCUGACGGCAAAUUCAGCACUGAUUUGAUCUUGAACGAGUUCAUAGGGAGUGGAGAGGAUCGCAUCAAAAACAGAGACAGUUUCACAGAAUUCUUUGGAGACAUACUUUUCACCAUUCCUGCUAUCAUGCUAUCAAAUGCUCACAGAGAUUCAGGAGCACCAGUUUUUGCAUAUGAGUUCCAGCACCCCCCAAGCAUUCUUGCAGAGAGGCGUCCCAGCUUCGUCAGAGCAGACCACGGAGACGAGAUUGCCUUUGUAUUUGGAGGCUGCUUCUGUAACGGCCAUAUUAACCUGAAUGGCACUUUCACUGAGGAAGAAGUUGAGUUGUGUAGAACCAUGAUGGCAUACUGGGGCAACUUUGCACGGACUGGAUCCCCCAACGGGCCUGGUCUGACCCAUUGGCCAACAUACGGUGCUGGGGAGGAGUAUCUGGGCAUUGGGCUGAAACAGCAGGUUGGACGCCACCUGAAGGCUGACAGCUUCAACUUCAUGACCCAAGCACUGCAGGAGAAGGUCCACGAGAUGAAGCAGCAGCAGCAGCAGGAGCAGCAGCAGGAGGAGCAGCAGCAGGAGGAGCAGCAGCAGGAGCAGCAGCAGGAGCAGCAACGCAUUGAGCUGUAGAGGAACCAACUCCUACCAGUCUGUCUCACACAGAACUAAUCGCAAUAAUUUCAGCUAGAACACUAAAGCCAUCAAGGGGGACAACUUACCAUGCACUUUACUUUUUUCAUGUAGACUAUUGACAGUUUGUCAGUAUGAACUAGGAUAUUACUGGGAACACCCCGGUCACUGCAGUAGGAAGACAUUUUAAUGAAGGUAUGUUUUUAUAACUAAAAUGUUGAUCUUCCUUGUCUGUGGUGCCAUGUGUGAACACAUUGGGAAGUAAAUGCUGAUAAAUGUUGGUAUACUUAAAUAAACUUGGUAAUACUU